GCGAGGCUAGUAGUGUGUUUGUGCACCCCCAUACAUCCGGGCAGCCGGAGUCUCUUUACACUGUGGAAAAGGAGGAAGGCACGAGCGAGGCACUCGGCUGCCCCCACUAAGCGGACAGGCGGAUUUCCGUUGCCGGCGCGGAGUGAAAUGCAUUAGGGCUCUGACAACCACAGGCCCGUUUCCCCGCCCAUGAAAGCUUGCAGGCGGAGACGGGAGCGGAAAGGAACUUUCAGCAUCCCCGUUGAGACUGUAUAAUAGUAUCCAUUGUAAAGCUGAGAUGAGAAGGUGAUCUUGUUAAGGACAAGUGGUGCGAAGAAAAUGGAAGGAGAACAAGCGGCCAACAGCAUGAAAACGCCAACAGUUCCUUUUUUGCCAGAAGAGCAACUAAUGGAACUACAUCACCAGAUGGUGGAAAAUCAGGCAUCCUAUCGUCACAAACUACAGAGUUCACAAGAGGCACAGCACAGGCAGGCAGUACUGGUACAGAAGCUACAGGCAAAGGUGUUGCAAUAUCGUAAUUGGUGCAAGGAGUUAGAAAAGCGUUUGGAGGCAAAUAGGGGGUCCCAUCCACAUCAGUGGGAGUGCAAAGAGGACCAGGGUCUAGAGAAAGCAUUGAUCCAUUUGGAAGAAGAGCAGCAGAGAUGUGAAAAUUUGGCUGGGGUGAACAUCUUGCUUCGCGAGCAAUUGGACAAGGCCAGUGAGGUGAAUGGGGCUCUCCGAGAGGAUAUCGACAAAUUGAUAGCUGACUGGACAAGGGCCAGGGAUGAACUAGAGCACAAGGAGAGUGAAUGGCACAAAGAUCGGGAGUUCUUUGAGAGUUAUAUGCGAACUGAACAUGAUCGUAUCCUUGGCAUAUGGCGGCAAGUGGUGACCUUACGCCGUUAUUUCCUGGAAAUGAAGACAGCAACUGACAGGGAUCUGUCUGAGCUAAAAGCUGAGCAGGUACGACUUUCUGGUUCAAUACUUGUCAGUUGCUUCCGUCUAAGUUCUGGCACACAGCUGUCAGAUACCAACAAUUUCGAAAGCUCUAUCCUGAGGGGUCAGGCCCUACAGCAGCAACUUUACAUGAGACCUGAGAAGUUGGAUAUGGAGAAAGAAAUAUACCAGCAAGCACACGCAAUUGUGUGCUUGCAUGCCAAAGGAGUGUCAGCAAAGGAGGAUCUUCAUAGCAGGGUCAUGGAGCUGACUGCAUUGCUUGAGCAGUCUCAAAAAGAGAAUGAGGAGAAGGAAAUGACAAUGAAGACUCUCAGAGACACCAUGGAGAUUCUGGAAGCUGAUCACUUGCAGAGAGAAUAUGAACAAUCCCUAAGCAAGAAUGCAAAUGAAGAGAUCCUUUCCCUUCAAACUGCGAUAAAAGAAAUAACUCAGGCAGUAAUCAAUGGGAGCGAUGCAACAGUUGGCAUUCCACAGGGUGAGAACUAUGUUGAGCCUUGCAGCAUCUUGCAACUGAACCCUGGUGACCCAGAUGGUGCUGUCCUGCUGGUGCGUGACAGGCUGACUAGAAGAAACAAUGAAGUGCAGCACUUGAGGCAGCAACUCUUGUCUAGUCAAAAUUCUGUCCACUCCCUAGAAAAGCAACAAGAGCAGCAGGAAGAGCACUGCGACUUCUUAAGACAAAAGCUUGAACAGCUAGAAGGAGAACGAAAUACACUUACUAGCCAACUUCAGCAUCUCCAGUCCAUGGUGGAGACUUACCGCAGUGACCAUGCAACCCUGGAGAAAUCCAGGAAAGAAUUACAACAACAGUUGGAAGUCUUGGAGCAGGAGGCCUGGCAUCUACGCCGAAGCAACACUGAGUUACAGCUGAAAGGAGACAUGGUAGAUGGCCAGAAAGAAGAACAGCAACAGGAACUGGAAAGGAUAAUCCGGGAGAGAGAAUACAUUCAGGAAGAUCGAAUUGCCCUUGAAGAAAAACAUUCAUUGUUAAGGAAUGAAUUGGUAGCUAUGAAAGAAGCGCUGGAAAAAUCUCUCCUUGAUGGAGAACUGGCGAAGCAAGAAAAACACGAACUUGCUUCCGCACUGGAGCAGGCUGAGCAGUCCCUUGCGAAGUUAACUGGUGCACACAAUAAGCUGAAAGCAGAAACUGCCGAUCUUCGUGAUGUGGCUACAAAGAUUAGUGCCCUUAAUGAAGCUCUAGCAUUGGACAAAGUGAGUUUGAAUCAACUUAUCUUGAAGAUGGAGCAAGAAAACCAGACACUUUUGGACAAAGUUGAUCACCUGGAAAGACUAAGGACCUCUUCACAGAAACAGCUCAACCAGACUGAGAGAACAAAUGAGGAGCUAUAUGCAGACAGGAAUCUGUUGCAGAAGCUGCUACACAAGGCUGAGGGGUUGCAGGAAAGUUUACAGGAAGAGUUGAGAGAACUGAGAGAUGAACAGAAAGAAACACAUGAGAAGCUGAGCCAGGCUCAGCAUCAGCAUGAAACAUCUAGUUCUGAUUUGGAGCAUGCACAUCAAGAGUCAAGUCGUCUUGGGGAGGUAUUGGCCAAGGUGUCCAGAGAAAAGGAAUCACUAAUGCGUGAGAAAGCUGCAUUGGAAGUACGACUAGGGGCUGUUGAGCGAGAGAGGUUGACCUUUUCAGAGCAAGUGGCAGAGUACAGAUCAACAAAGGAUCUUCUCGAAUCAAGCAUUUUUCAAGUUCAGCAACAGGUCUCUCAACUGGAAGUUACCAAGGGGCAACUGGAAAUGAAAGUUCAAGCAAUCAGCCAGGCCAAAGAAGUGAUACAAGGAGAGGUGAAAUGCCUUUGCAUUGAACUGGAAGCUGAAAAAUCAAAAGUUGAUAAAGAAAAAGAGAAAGUACAACAGCUUUUGCAGGCAGAGCAGAAGUACCAAGAAACCCUCAACCAUUGUCAAAUUGUACAUAAGGAGGAAAUGAAUACAAUAUUUCAAGAGCUGGAAGGUGAACGAGAACGCCACCGUUUAGAAUUGGAGCAGGUGCUGGAGCGCAUUGUCAAGGAGAAAGAAGAGAACCAAAGUGUCUAUGAGAGGAAGCUGCUGGAACUGCAGCAGGAGAUCACUGCUGUACAAACACAGAUGGAAGAUGAACUAACUAAGGCUGAAAAUGCCAAGCAAGAGGAACCUGAGGAUUUCCAAAAAGGAAGAAUGAAGAAAGAGGUGCUUAUAGAAAAAGAGAAUGAGAGGAAAUCAUUACUAGAGGAUCUUCUCCAAACAAAAGAGGAACUGACUGGUACUUGUCAGCAGCUGGAGUAUCUCCAUCAGGAAGUGAAGAAAAACCAAGAGAGGGAGCAGGAUACUUUGCAAAAUCUGGAAGCUGAGCUGAAGGAUGCCCAGAGUACAAGAGCAACACUGGAAAAGAAGUACAGUGAGGAGCUAAAGUCUCUCAAAGAAGAAAUCAACUUCCUCCUUAAACAACGAGACUCUUUGCAAAGUCAGGUACAAGAGUUGCAGUCCCAGCUACUGACAGCAGAAGAUUCUUGCCAGUUGAUUAGCCAGGAGGCUCAGCAACAUUUAAACGACAUGCAAGAAUUGUCCAAACAGAGAAUGCUGGAAGUUGCACACUUCCAGAAGAUGCUGGAAGCUGAGAAGAAGCAGCGAGAGGAGACAGAACAUCAGAACAUCAAGUUGCAGAGCCAGAAGGAAGCGAUGGAGCACAGGAGCACAGAACUGCAUGCUACACUGCAAAGUCAGAGGGAGAAAGAACAACAGCUGAAGAGAGAGCUGCAGAGCAAGCAGGAAGAGCUGGAGCACCAGCAUGCCACUAUUCAAGCCCUGGAAAGGGAGUGCAGUCAGUGGGAGGAGGCAGAGCACCAGAAUUCAGAGCAGCAUGCUGCACUCCAGAGACAGUGGGAGGAAGCAAAAUGUCAAAAUAAGCAGCUGAAAAAUAAAAAAAGAGAGUCAGAGCUUCAGAAUACAGAGCUACAGCACCAAAAAGGGGAGCUGGAACGUCAGAAUGAACAGCUGAAGGCUACGCUCCAAAAACAGCAAGAAGAGGUGGAACGUGAGCAUGCAAUGCUUCAGAGCCGUUGGGAGGAGGCACAACAGAGCUGUUUAGAACUGCAGAGCUGGAAGGAGAAAAUUCAACAUCAGAAUGCAGAAUUGCAAGCCCUUCUCCAUAGCCAGCGCAAGGAGCUGGAAUGUCAGAAUGUGGAGCUGCAGACCAAGCAGAAGGAGAUGGAACAUCAGAGCAUUAUGCUACAGAAGAUGAAGAAAGAACAGAGUUGGUGGGUGGACGUUGAAUGUCAGAAUUCAGAACUUAAGGAAGCGUUGCAUGCUUUGGAGCAGAAACGAGCCAGUUUGGCUGUAUCCUUGGAGGAGAAAGAACUCACGCUCAAGAGACUGCAAGACAGUGAUGGUGCUCACCAGGGUGAAAUCACCAAAUUGAAUACUGCACUGCAGCAAGCAGAGCAGCUGGUUGCUGAGCACAGAAUAGAGGGGCAGGAGCUCACCAGACAGAUGCAAUCACUGAGGGUGAUGAUGCAAAAGAAGGAGGCUGCCUUGAUAGCUCAUAACAAGCAGCUCACCCAGGACCUGGAAGAAUCCCAUGCAAAUGAGCUGUGUUUGAAGGACUCCGUGCAGAAGCUGGAAGCUGAAGUGUCUCAGUUGCAGCUGAGCCUCUGUAGCACAAAGAGUAGGGCAGAGGCUUUGGCAUCAGAAUGUCAGCGUGCUUGUUCAGCCCGUUGGGAGGCCCAGUCCCAGUUGACCAAGCUACAUUUGGUUCUACAGUACAUGCUGUGCAACAGUCCUGAGCCAAAGCUGGAGCAUGGAGGAAGAGGAGACAAAGCCAUUCGGAGCUCAAUAUCCGUUAGUAGAGAACAGGAUAAUGAGAUGGGACUGGCUUUAUCUCAGCUUAAGGACCUUUCUGCAGAGCUUACAGUGGAGAGAGUGGCAGAAGCUAUUCAGGACCUGCGGCAGGAUCUGUGGCAGACUCGCCUAGAGCGGGAUGAAAUAAGAAAGAAUUCUGAGAAACUGAAGCAAGAACUCAGUGAAAAGGAAGCAGAAAGAGACCGUGUCAGUGCCAAAGCGGAAGAGCUUCAAAAGUGGCUAAACCAAAGCCAAGAAGAAAAAAAUGUGGUAGAAGGCAAACGAGGCUCCCUAGAGUCUGCCUUGAAGGCAGAGGUCAUUGCCUUCAAAGAAGAGAAUGUGACUUUGCAUGGCAAGGUGACUGCUUUGGAAAAGACUCUUGAGAGCACAGAGAAGCAAAGAAAGGAUGUAUCGAAUGAACGAGAUACAUUACAAAUGGCUAAGGAAAAACUGACAUGGGAGCUGGACCUUCUUCGGGAAUCUGUCACAGCUUCCGAGAUUCGAGCAAAUGCCAUGGAGAAGAUGAAUCAGUCCUUGGAACAAGAGCUUCAAGCAACUCUUUCAACUCUCAAAAUGAAACACGAGGAAGCAGAGACUCACCAGAAGAUAUUUUUGACUUUGCAGCAAGAUGCAGGUGUGCAAAAAGCUUUGCAAGAAAAACUCGAUUGUCUAACUGUUACUCUAGGAAAGAGAGAUGAAGAAAUAAAAUCCCUGCUACAACAGAAUAGGGAUCUGGAGAGGCACAGAGAAGUGCAGAAAUCUGCUGUAGAACAUCUCACGAAAGAUAUAGAAAAGAGAGAUCAAGAAACUGAGUCUCAAAAAAAACAGAUUGAAGUAUUGGAAAAGCAAAAUAAAAUGCAGAAGGCUGCUCUAGAGAAACUAAAUGUAGAUCUAGAAGAGACUCGCCACACUGUGAAAUCUCAGCAAGAGAAGAUCCAAAAUCUAGAAGAGCUGCUACAAAACCAAAGUAGUAUAAUGGAAAGCCUGACUUUGAAUCUAGAACAAAAAGUCAAAGAAACUAAAAUGAUGGAGGAAAAAAUCCAGAUCAUUGAAGAGAAUGAGUCAUUGCAAAUUGGUACUCUGCUGAAAGAUUUGGGUGACCUGAAAAUACAGCUCAGUGAAAAAGAUUGGGAACUCGCAUCUCAAAAGCAGCUACUUCAAGAACAGAAAGAACAGGGGGGAAAGCAGGAAAAGUCUCUGCAUGCAAGCCUAGAACACAUGAAGGCCAUUCUCGGGGAUAAAGAAAGGGAGGUAGAAUCCCAGAAGAGACAGAUAGCAAGUUUCCAGCAGCAGGAGGUUCAACGGGAGGAGCAUCUCCAUGAAUUGCAUGAGAAACUAAAACAGAUGACAUUCAUGCUAACCCAGAGGGAUCAAGCGCUUGAGUCACAAAAGCAGCAAAUAAAUGAGAUGGAAGGAAAAAUGGAAACAGAACUGAAGGCUCUUCGUGAACUUAUAGCAAAGACACAGGCAUCCUUGAAGGAAAAGGACACAGAGCUGGAGUUUCAAAUAAAAAAUGAAGAAGAGUUGAAAAGACAGAUAAGAGUUCUGCUUGGAGGUGUCCAGUAUAGCACAGUGGUAUUAAAGGAGAGAGAUGGUAGUGCAGAAUUUCAGAAAGAGCAAAUAAAGCAAGUGAAGAAACAAGAGCUACAAGAAACAACUCUUGAUAUGUUGGAACAACUCAAGGUGCUGUUAAAGAUGAGAGUGCAAGAAACUGAGUCCCUGAAACAGCAGCAAGAAGAACACAAGGAAGAGGAAGAGAGACUAGUAAGAGAAAUGCAAACAAAUCUUGAACAAGCAGAGCAAGCUGUGAGAAGUGGUGAGAGGCAACUAGAGUCCUUAAAGGAGAAAAACAGCCAACUUAAGCAACAAGAGGAAAAAGCAGUGGCACAUACAAAAUCUGUCUUGGAGAAACUGGAAUUGACCAGAUCUUCUCUUCAAGACAGAGACAUGGAGAUUGAAUCCUUACAAGGACACAUAAAGGAAAUAUCAAAACAGAAAAAAUUGGAAGAGGAAAGUGUUGCAAGCCUACAGCAGGAUCUAGUUAAGAUGAAGCAAUUAAUGUCAGAGAAGGAAGAAGAGCUUCACAAACAGGCAGAAUUAAUUAGUACAUACCAGGUUAAAGUAGAAGUCACACUAGCAGAAUUACAGGUAUGCCAGAGUCAGACAAGUCAUCUGGAGGGAGUAAUUAAACAGAGAGAACAAGAAUGUAAGAGAGACCACCAAAAGCUUCAAUACAAACACAAGCAGCUGAAAGAGGAAGAAAAAGAAAAAUAUUUAGAAGGGGAGAAAGAGGUGAAAACUCAAGAUGAGAAAGGACAAUUGAAAGAUGAGAUUAAGAAGCUUCAUGAGAACAUGCAGCAUCUCCAACAUGUGUUGAAGAAAAAAGUUGAUGAGGCUGAAUGGCAGAGAGAGAAAGUUGAGCAGCUGGAAGAGAGAGUCAGGGUUAAAGAGAAAGAAGUGCUAACCUGCAAUGAACAGCUGAAGGUUAAAGAGAAGGAUUUGCUAACCUGCAGUGAACAGCUGAAGAAAAUUAUUUCAGCUCUGAGAUUGGAAAAUAGUGAGGAGAAUAGUUUACAGAGCCAUAUCCACGAAGUUCUUGGGUGGAAAGAAGAGGAGGCAACUAAGAGCAAGACACUUCAGGAAAAGGACCAGUGGUUGCAAUGGCAAAAGGAAAAAAUUCAAUGCUUAGAAGAUGAGAAAAUAGUAAAGAAACAGGAACUGGAUCGUCUGAAAGUUAUUCUGAAACAGACAGAAAGUGGAGAGAUAGAAUGGAGAGAGAGAGCACAGAAGUUGGGUCUAUCCCUGGCCCAAAGUGAAGAGGCCUUGAGAGCCCUCAGAGAAGAAGUGGCUGUUGUACAGAACAUGGUUUUGGAAAGGGAUAAAGACAGGCUUCAUCUUCAGGAGCAGUUAGAUGCAGCUUUCAGAGCUCUGGAGGACGAGAGACUUAUUACUAAAGCUCUGGCAGGAGAUGCAGAUCUGCUAUGCAGAGAAAAUGACAUGCAAGAGAUCCAGCAUAAAGAGUCUGGAGAGGCUGUGAGAAAAGAGGGAGAACAGACAUGGUUAGCUGAAAAGAGACUCUUGUAUAGACGCCUGCAGCUUCUACAGCAAGCUGUUGCCCGGCUGGAGAAUGAUAAAUAUGGUCUAGAGCAGCGUAAUACCCAGCUUAGAGGUGCACUAGAGCAGGUAGAACGUGAACGAAGGAGACUGAAAAGGAGUCGUGGAGACCUUUCUCUGAGCUUUGAACUCUCCCAGGCUGACUCUGGCCCCCCAAAGAUUCCAUCCCUUGCAAAGGAAGAAAUUCAGGUUCUUCGUAAGCAAGUUGCAGAGUUACAAAAACAGGUUUCUGUUCUACAAAAUCAGCUGUCACUUGAAUGGAAGCAGAAGCAGAAUUAUAUUGACUGUUGUACCAAAACAAACCAGGAGCUUUCAGGCUUACAUCAAGAGCUGUCUGAUUCUUUAGCUGCUGUGGCUAAGAAGCCUGAGGCUACUGUUCUGGAAUUAGAGACCCGCAAGCUUGAUGAAACCCUGAACCACAGCUUGGCAUCGGCAGCAGUAGGCUGGGAUGGUUUCUUUUCUGGGAAACAACUGAUAAGCUCCACACCUGACACAGUCCAGCAGAAGACCUCAAGGUAGCAUAGAGGAAGUGGCAGGAGCCAAAGGCUCUAUAGAAGUAUAGUCAGGCCUCAAAAUCUACAGCUAACAGGGCAAUCCUGAAAGGUUCUUUAAUUAAUAUGAACUUCAGCCCAUAUUCAACUGUAGAUAUAUUUUUUUCAUGGUUAGUAUGCAGGGGAUUUCCUCUUACUCAACUGGACCUGGACUCCUAGAACCCAUCUUGCCAACUUGUAUCCUCAAGAAUAUAAUUCCACACUGUUUGGAACCAAUCAUGUUAAAACAAGCUGUGAAAUAACAAGAAUAAGUGGUGAGCUGCUUAUUUAAGUGGCUGAAUGUGUAUUGCGGAGAUUGUGUUGUAGAACAAAACUCUUGAGUCAGGGAUGAGAACAACACAAGAAGAGAACUACUUAUAAUUCUGAAUUUCUGGUGGGGAAAGUUGUUUUAUUGCAGAAAUUGACUCCUGAAGUAGAUGCAAGUUCACUGAAAUUUUUUCCAGCCAGGUUUUGCAUAGAGAUUCAAGACAGAACUGGAGGUGCCCAGCCAGUGAAGUAUUAUCUUUAGUAUAAUCUUACAGAGUAAUGAGAUUUUUGUUUCAGAAUGGAUGCCUUAUUCUGUUCUGAACUGCUACACUGCAAGUUGUUGUAAAAUACCUUCAAAGUUAUAACAAUAUUUUUGUACUAAAUAUUUUUGUAAUAUUUAUGAUGAUAUUGACUUUAACUCUCUUCAUUUUUGUUCAGAUAUCCUUCCACAUUAAACACUUCUAUUUCUCUUGAUCUUCUACCCU